GCCCGGAGCCGGUAGUCUCUUUGGAAACUUCUGCCGGAGAAAAAGAGCUAGCAAAGCGCUGCAAGGCAGUCUUGGGUUUUUCUUUUCUUUUCUUUUCUUUUUUCUUCCCUCCUUUUAAUUACCCCCUCCUCCGUUUGCACCCUUCUCCGGGCUUUUUGCACCCUUCUUCUGCGAAUUUCGAAGAGGUGGUGGUAGAGUGGAGAACAGAGGUGUUAGGGGGUUUUAUUUUUUGUUUUUUGCUUCCCCCCCCCCCCUUGAUUUCAACAUUUUUCCCACCCUCUCGGCUGCAGCCGCCGCUUCUUACCAGUUCAGUGGCGACCGCGCGCCGCUGACUGCUGGAGGUUAGAAAGGAGCUGGGAGUGUUUUAGAUUUGAAACAAAAAUUUUAAAAGACAAAUCCCCCCGGCCCCUCCCUUCUCCUCCACAGCCUCGGAACUCAUUAUUCCGGUGGCUGCUUGGGGUGGCUUUCCCCCCUGCGAUUCUGAGCAGGUCGGACUUGGGAGGUUCUCCGGUCUUCACUCCCUCGCCGUGCACCUGGCGCUGCUUUUUUCCCCAACCUGUUGCUAGUCUUUAAUCCUUGCAACCGGGACUUGCUUGCAGGCACCCCAACCUUCCAACUCUCCCUACAUUUUGCAAGUGUCUGCGAGAGGGCACCCGCUCUACCUGCCAGAAAUUAAAACCCCCAAAAAAUCUCCGGGCGCUCUCUUGGCCCCUCUCUCCCUGCUCUCGCUCUCUCCUGCCCCGCCCCGAGGUAAAGGGGGAGACUCGGAGAAGAUGGUGCUCACCGCAGUCCUCCUGCUGCUGGCCGCCUGCGCGGGGCCAGCCCAGGGCCUGGGUUCCUUCGUGCACUGCGAGCCUUGCGACGAGAAAGCCCUGUCCAUGUGCCCCCCCAGCCCUCUGGGCUGCGAGCUGGUCAAGGAGCCGGGCUGCGGCUGCUGCAUGACGUGCGCCCUGGCCGAGGGGCAGUCGUGCGGUGUCUACACUGAGCGCUGCGCCCAGGGGCUACGCUGCCUCCCCCGGCAGGACGAGGAGAAGCCGCUGCAUGCCCUACUGCACGGCCGCGGGGUUUGCCUCAACGAGAAGAGCUACCGCGAGCAAGCCAAGAUCGUAGAGAGAGACUCGCGUGAGCACGAGGAGCCCACCACAUCAGAGAUGGCAGAGGAGACCUACUCCCCCAAAAUCUUCCGGCCCAAGCAUACCCGCAUCUCAGAGCUGAAGGCUGAGGCCGUGAAGAAGGACCGCAGGAAGAAGCUGACCCAGUCCAAGUUCGUGGGCGGAGCGGAGAACACUGCCCACCCCCACGUCAUCACAGCCCCAGAGAUGAGACAGGAGUCUGAGCAGGGCCCCUGCCGCAGACACAUGGAAGCGUCCCUGCAGGAGCUCAAAGCCAGCCCUCGCAUGGUGCCCCGGGCCGUCUACCUGCCCAACUGUGACCGCAAAGGAUUCUACAAGAGAAAGCAGUGCAAGCCCUCCCGUGGCCGCAAACGUGGCAUCUGCUGGUGCGUGGACAAGUAUGGGAUGAAGCUGCCGGGCCUGGAGUAUGUCGACGGGGACUUUCAGUGCCACGCCUUCGACGGCAGCAACAUUGAGUGAUGCGUCCCCUCCCUGUCCUUCCCUCACCCCAUCCCACCCCCAGCCCCGAAUCCACCCAGCGCCUCCUUCACCCUAGGACGCCACUCAUUUCAUCUCAUUUAAGGGAAAAAAUAUAUAUAUAUCUAUUUGAGGAAACUGAGGACCUCGGAAUCUCUAGCAAGUUCUCAACUUUGAAAGUGGCAACAACAGAGACAUGAAAAGCUAAGGAGACCCCUUUUACGAUGUUUUUUUCUUUGUUUUUGAGGCAAGUUGAAUGAACAGGGAAGGAGGAGAGGAAGAACGAGAGACAGCGACAGAGCAGGAAAGAAAGCACGUGGGUAGGAGAGAAGGAAAGCUGAUUAGAGUGGUGGGCAGGGAGGAGAGGUUGCCGGGACUACGGCUGGAUACAUCUUUUGCAUCCAGCCCUGGCCCGAGAUGGGGAGAGGCUUGGGCACUACAAGGUGUGGCCCGAGAUGUGGCAUUUGGUGCCACACUGGGAGUUUUCCCAGUUUGGAUUGGUCAGUAGGAGAAAGGAAAAAAAAAAGGAUAUGUGGACACCUCUCCUGCAUCUUUCUCCUCCUCCAGCCAGCGAUUUGGAUGGCUCAACCCCUGUGCUUCCUCUGCCCUUGCCCCAGUAGGGUGUUCUCUGUCCCCAAAAUUAAUAAAAACAAAAAUGCAUUCCACUCCUUUAAGAGCAAAGUAAUAACUGAGUGAUAAUAGAUAGAUUUUCCUAGACAGAUACAUAAAUAUUAAAUAUGGGUGCAUAUUUCUCCCACCCACCCCCUCCCCCCAUACAGACUUUUAGAAAUCAAUACACACCCCAAUAUUGAAAAGACUCGUUCCUCCGGGGUGACUAAAAACACAUGCUCAAUCAAGUAUGUGGUUUCAGCCCCACCUUUCAUUCAAUCCAUGGCUAGCACAGCCCCUGGGGGGAGGAUAGGUUAAAAAAAAAAAAAAAAUGUGUGGGCUUGUGUUUAUCUGCAAGACUCCAUGUAGUCAUAUAUAGGCAUAUAAAUCUUUUUUUUCUUUCUUUCUUUCUUUCAAUGAGUUUGCAUUAACUUUUCGAAGUAGUUCCUAUAGGGCUUUGAGGAGCGUCCUCAUUUUGGGUAAACCAGGAGAACCCAGUUCUUCUACUACAAUCCAUAAUACCAAUUUUACCUGCUUCUAGUCAAGCCUUUAUGGGACAGACUGUUGGAUUUUUUAAUGAUCUCCCAUGUACACGUGUCUUCAUAUGUACAUGUGUGUGCUGCCACACCGGGGAGAUGCCAGCAUUCAAUGAUGCACACACCAUGUCCCCAGUACAUCCCACGUUAGUCUUCAAACCAUCAGGAAGUAACUGUCUCUGGACAUCACACCAAUAAGACUUCAACAGGUCCAAGUUUGACCCACUCAUCCUGCCCCACCACCUUUUUCAUUUCCUCUGGACAGAGCAUACAUUUUGAAAGCCUCUCUCAGUCCUUACGCUGGCAGAGCAGGAGAGAGAUUGAAAUUAGAGGUGGCAAAGAAGGAGAUAGAAGGGGAAACAUUUAAAUACAAGGAAAAGAGUAAAAUUGAUGGUUCAGGCCAGGGUAGCCUGAGUGGAGGAACAGAAGGCUUGAGGAGCAGAGGGCUGACUGCCCAUUCUAGCUUUGGAACAAAGCCAACAGAAAGGAAGAAAAAGCCAAUAGAACCUUCCUUGGCUUUCCCACCCUAUAAGCCCUCUGGGAUUCAAGAGAAAGGAGAGAUGAAAAUGGAGAAACUGAUUGUAAAUAGAAAUGAACUUAACACAGGCCAUAGAGUCAGCGAAGGUGGGAAACAUUAGGUGGAUUCUGGACGUUAGAAGCUGGAAGGGAGCAAGGAUCAGUAGAGACUGGCGUGCUUUUGAAGGGACAAGACUAUGUGCUCAGAUGCCCACCUUCAGCCUGCAAUGAGGGAUUGAGACCAAAGUGUCUUUCAAGCUCUUCAUCCAUUCUGGCCAGUUCCUGCUUCCUCCCUUGGAUGGAGGAUGGAAGAAAGGACCAGGAUAACCAGGGAAUGGAUGCUUCAGGGGGAGCCAUCGUUGGCAGCCAGAUUCUGAACCAAGAAAAAUCUCAUUCUCCACUGACUUCCUCAACUGAUGGGUGGCCUUGGGGCUGUCCUCUAAGGCUAGAAAUAGCCUUCCUGGAAAGGGGACUUGGACUGGCAAAAGAGGCUGUCUCUCUCUCUUUCUCUGUGGACACACUCUCCACUCUUACCUGAUGGCGUAACACAGUGGAAGCCAACUCAAACACUGAACUUGGGGCAAAGAAGCAAAUCUAUUUCAACUAGUGGAAAACGUGCCGCUAUGGAACUUGGGGGGAUGUCUCUUACUCCCCUGGACAGGACAGUUGGCCAGGGAUGGGAGAGGUGGCCAAUCUUCAUGAGACAAAGGGCCAGAUGGGGAAGGCAACAGUGAGGACUUACUGACCUGCCACGUCAGCAUGUCCCAUCUCUCUGCACAACUGUCCCCAAAACCCUGACUCACAUUUCUAGAUGUCUUAGGCCAGUAUCCUAAACCGUUUCCACCUUACUCUUCUUUCUGCCCAUUCUUUCUUUGGAUCUUGAGCAGUCCUAUGAGAUCUGCCAAGUGGAUACCAGGGUGCCAUUCACCCUAAGAAAAGACUGAGCCAGGAAUCGCAUACCCCCUCCCAGCCCUCCCAAGGCCUGGACCUGAUUCUUAAGAGGGGGCUCUCCCUUUUUCCCCAGUGUUUGCUGGACUUUGAAUGGGCCUCUGCCCCUUACACUGGCUCUUUCUUUGCUGUCAACCAUAAGGUGGGAGAUGAUGAGCUGGUUUAAUUCAGCCAGACUCUUAAGAGUUCCCAGCUCAUGCCUACUGACCCAAACCUGUGAUGGGUGAUUCUGGGCGGCUGCCCACUCCUACAGGAAGCUGGAACUUCAUGGACAGGUGGAACUAACCCUACCAAAUGGGAAGUCAGACCUGAGCCAGGGGCACAAGACAAUGGGAAGGGAGUCAUUGAAGGAAAAAUGAAUACUCUUCCCUUGGCAGGAAGGCAGGUUUGGGAUGGUGUGAGGAUGUUUAGUCCUGAGAGGGUAUCUCUUUGAUGGCAGGCUGGCUGUUGGCCAACUCUGCUCACCUGGAGGGCUCAGACAUCAGGUUAUCAGAAUAUCCUUUCAUGGCCCCCAUCUAAGAGACACAGGAGGUCUCUUCUCAUCCUCCUUCUGAUCCCCUCACUCCAGCGUGGAGAAGAUACCUCUGUCUUCCCCCACUACUGCCAGGUAAUUGAGGAAGGCCUAGCCAGGACAGAUCCUCUUUCCCCUGGCCUGCUCUGACCCACUGAGGCAAAGCCAGGCAUCUGGGAAGGAAGAGACUCGAUAGUUUCACUGACAGCCAGGCCUAGACAGACAGGCCUGGAGACACUGAACCCCCACGGGAGAGGAAGGCAGGCACAGCAGGCCCCCGGAAGGGCCCUGUACAGUCCCACCUCCUCUCCCUUUGCCCAAUUUUUCCAUCACUCCCUCUGUGGUCUCUAUGGUAACCCCACAGGGUUAACCUCCACUGGGGGAGGUGGCCCUCAACCACCGUCCCCUACUUCCUAGCUCCUUAGCAGCAAAAGGACUGCCAGGGUGACCACCAAGCCCCGCCCAACGUGGGGUCAUCUGUUCCCCACCCCCCCACCCCCACCCCCCCCCCCCGCCACCUCCUGCCCCUGUCUCCAUCCACUCAGACCCCUAGAGGGCGCCGGUUCAGAAUGGGAACUUCAGAGAGGUGUGGGCCAAGGAGAAGAAACUCUGGUCUCCAAGAGGAACGUUUUGGCCACGUUUUGAAAAGUGGUUGGACCAGGGCACAGGGGUUGUACCAACUAGCAACCUGGGUGUUGUACUGUCUUUAUUUUUAAAACCACUAAAAGUGCAAGAAUUAUUUUGCACUGUUUCUCCACUUAUUAUUUUAGGUUUUUUGUUUCUUUUUUGAAAAAACACUUUCUUGGUUUUCUAACGGAGUAUAUAGUUUAGCCGUUUCCACAGACUCUGGCCUCCUCUCUAACUCCUUUUGGAUGGGGAAAGGGAAGGCAGGAGGGUCAGAGGCGAAGGGGUUCCCAGCUUCCUGCGCCCCUUCACCCUACUUCUCUGGUCUCUGGUCACCUGCCACCACCACCACCGUCACACAGUAGCCCACAUGGAUAGCACAGUUGUCAGACAAGAUUCCUCCAGAUUCCGAGUUGCCGACUGGUUUUUUUUUUUUUAAAGACAGCAAUAACCACAGCACGUAUUACUGUAGUUCUUUAUAGUUUGACAUACAUACCAUAGCUCUGUUCUCUCCUCUUUUUUUUUUUUUUUUUUUGUUUUGUUUUGUUUUU